AUGACUUCAUCGAUGGAUGGUCAAGACUUGGAUACACUUUGCGGCCACGGCCACAGCCACGGCCACAAGCACUCGGCGAGAAAGAUGCCCGGCGCGCCGGCGAAGAAUAGUGCACUGGAGGAUUGCCCCGGCGGGCGCUGCAUGAGUUCCCUCGAUUUUCAUAGGGCACAGUGCAAAAAGACCCCUGAGUUAUACGACGCUACACAGGUUCGUGUCUCUACGAUACUACUCGAGGACGGCCACUACCUCGAGGCACUCAACUUUUGUCUCUGCGCACUUGACCGCUCCAGUGCUGGCUGCCAGUCCCACGCCAACUUCGAUCCCACCCUCGCAUUCAAAGAGCUCAAGCGCUACGCCCAAUCUGACUUUGAUCCCACUUACCCACCACCCAUGAAUAUCCGGCCCCACCCGCAGUGUCAGCUACUGUUCAACCUCGCCUUCGCGUCCUUCAACCUGUACGGCGCCUGCGUCUUCUCGACAAGCAUUCUGCGGCUGGCACACCACGCAAACCAGCACCACUACCCACUCCUGCUCGCCGGGGUUGCUCACUCCACCAAGGCGUAUGAUGUUAAGGGUCUCUGCUUCCGUGUGCAACCGCUAGGCUUGCACGACAACUUCACCGGUAUUCGGGUGGACGAGGCGGCGGCGUACCAUAUGCACCACGUUGGGUUAUGGGGUGGGGAGAAGAUGAAAGGGUGGUUAGCGGACUGUGAAGAGGAGGUGAAGAGAAAGGCGUGUGAUACCAUCGACUGUGGGAAGGUGGAGGAGAAGGCGGGAAUGUGGUUGAUGUGUGCAAGGUGUAAGGAGUGGUGGUAUUGCAGCCCGGGGUGCCAGAGGAGAGAUUGGGAGGCAGGCAGCCAUAAGAAGAUAUGCAAGGAUAGUAGGUUGAGGGUUAAAAGAUGGGAGGGUCCGGAGGUCUUUCUGCAUUGA